AUGAAACUCAAGGGUAACUUGUCCAGACUGCUGGACAACACUGCCAUUAAGCAGCAACAAUUACCUGCCUGCAGCUUUUAUUUCUCUGCCACCAGAAUCCUCGCUGCCUUUUUUGCCACAGGAGUACUCUGCCUUGGCAUGGGCAUCAUCCUCAUAUUGUCCUCCAAGAGUGUCAAGACAAUAGAGAUUAAUUACAAAAAAUGUGCAAAUUGUGCAAAACUGCAUGAAAAUGCCUUUAAUUUUGAUAAAGAAUGCACCUGCUCUAUUCCCUUUUACCUUCCAGAGAAAAUGCAGGGUAAUGUCUAUAUGUGCUACAAACUGUAUGGCUUCUAUCAGAACCUCAAUCGAUAUAUUCAAUCCAGAAGUGAUAGCCAACUGUCGAGUGAAGAUAUAAAAAAUGUUGAGGGCUGUGCUCCAUUUGAAAAGUUGCACAAUGGGACCCUCAUUGCUCCUUGUGGUGCCAUUGCCAACAGCAUGUUCAAUGACACCAUUAUUCUUUCAUAGCAUCUUAAUUCAUCUAUACGUAUCAAAGUCCCAAUGCUAAGGAGUGGAAUCACAUGGUGGACAGAUAAGUAUGUCAAGUUUCAGAAUCCAAGUUCCAGAAAUCUUCCUAAUGCAUUUGCAGGAACUACAAAGCCUGUAUACUGGUCUAAGCCCAUCUACGACCUGGAUGAAGAGGAUCCAGGAAACAACGGCUUCAUCAAUGACAACUUCAUCGUGUGGAUGCAGACAGCUGCCUUUCCCACUUUCAAAAAGCUUUACCGUCGUCUAAAUCAAAUACGGCAUUUUAUCGACAGCUUGCCUGCUGGUAACUAUAGUUUCAACAUAACCUAUAAUUUUCCAGUAACCGGAUUCCAAGAAGAAAAAGCAGUUGUUCUUUCCACCCUGACAUGGAACGGAGGCAGUGGACUUUUCUUAGGCUUCGCCUACACUGUGACAGGAACCAUGACUUGGUUGGCCUUCUUUUCCAUGAUGGCAACUCAAUUAAUGCUGAAAAAAAGGAAAACAUUCUCCCUCCAGCAGUAAAGCUUUCUUGAGCUUUAAAAAAGAAAUGUAAAAGAAAUGGACAGUUCAGUAACAGAGCCGAAGAUCUCUGACAAGGCUUGAAAUGACUGGGAUAUUU